AUGGAUUUAAUGAAUCGUGUUUUCAAGCCCUACCUGGAUGAGUUUGUAGUGGUGUUUAUCGACGACAUCCUUAUUUAUUCAGAGAAUACAGAAGCUCAUGAAAAUCAUCUUCAGUUAAUUCUUCAGACGCUUCGAGAUAAGAAAUUGUAUGCAAAGUUGAAGAAAUCCGGGUACUACCGGAGGUUUGUUAAAGAUUUCUCCAAAAUUGCCGUGCCACUUACCCAAUUGACUCAGAAGGGGGUUUUGUUCGAAUGGUCAGAACAACAGGAAUCUGCCUUUCAAGAAUUGAAGACAAAGUUAACUACAACACCUGUUCUUGCUUUACCAUCUGGCACCGAAGGAUUUGUGAUCUACAGUGAUGCAUCUCAUAAAGGACUAGGCUGUAUCCAUUACCAUCCCGGUAAAGCCAAUACAGUUGCAGAUGCUCAUAGUCGAAAACGUAUGGGAAAUUUGGCAAAUUUGCUCAUGAGACGGAAGGAAUUAUCACUUGAAUUGGAAAAGAUGAAUGUAGAUAUUGUGACGUGUGAACGGGAUGCUAUGAUAGUAGCAAUAUCAGCCCAACCAACAUUAAUCGAGGAAAAUGAAAGACAAACUUUUGAAGAAGAUCUGAAUGAAGAAGAACUUGAUGGAAGAAGCACAUGCCUCCAGAUUUUCAAUACAUCUCGGGAGUACCAAGAUGUAUUGAGAUUUAAAGCACAAUUUUUGGUGGCCAAAUAUGAAGAGGGAAAUUGCAGAAUUCGUCUCAAAAUGUUUGCAAUGUUAGCAAGUUUACCACGGACUUCUCGGGGCAUGAACUUUAUCUGGGUCAUUGUGGAUCGGUUAACAGAAUCUGCACAUUUCCUACCUGUGAAAACUAAGUACAAUGCGAAUAAACUUGCUGUGAUUUACGUGAAUGAAAUGGUAAGACUUCAUGAUGUUCCAAUUUCGAUUGUGUCAGACAGAGACCCGAAAUUUAUAUCCCAAUUUUGGCAAAGUUUACAGAAUGCUAUGGGGACAGAGUUAAAGUUUAGCAUAACUUUUCACCCACAGGCAGAUGGACAAUCCGAGAGGACAAUACAAACUUUAGAUGAUAUGCUACGAAUGUGUGUUUUAGACUUUCAGGGAAGUUGGAAAACUCAUCUACGAUUGGCGGAGUUCGCGUACAAUAAUAGUUACCAUUCAAGCAUUGGAAUGGCACCUUAUGAAGCCUUAUAUGGGAGACCAUGUCGCUCCCCCGUGUGUUGGGCUGAAGUCGGAGAUAGAUCACUGUUAGGGCCUGAAAUUGUACAGUUGACGGCCGAAAAGAUUAAAAUUAUUCGAGAAAGGUUGAGAACAGCUCAAAGUAGACAAAAGAGUUAUGCGGAUCACCGAUAA